AUGUCGUCGGGCUAUACAAUUCCAUUAUCAUUAUUGGAUACACUCGAUUCUUAUAUGACGGCUGCAACUUGUCUUAAUCAGUCGGCAAAUAUAUUUCUUCAGCCAUCUCCAUUUGGUGCGAUUGAAUUAAUAAAACUAUCAUUGAAAUAUUCAAAAAUACCAGUCGAUAUUUUGGUUCUUGGAACUAUGACAAAUAUUGCUACAGCUAUUAGCGAAGAUCGAUCAAUUAUAUCAAAAAUAGGUACACUUUAUUUUUCUGAUAUACUUGCUGUACAACGCGUUGGCACGAGUGGAAUAAAAAAUAUUGUUGCUAUGCCGUUAAUCACACAAGAUACAAUGCCAGUCAAUCUGACACAAUUGAAUGAAACAUUGACAAAACUGAACAUUCAAUUGAAACCCUUCGUGCUAAACUUUAUAUCAUCACUUGCAAAAUGUACAAAUCAAACUGAGUCUAACAUGAAAUGGUGGGACAAUAGUGCCGCCCAAUUCAUGGUACAAACGCAAACAAAUAAUACUCAAGGAUUUUGUCUUCGAACACAGAAAGUUAAAUCUCUUUAUAUUCUGUCGGCUGAUUCUUAUCAAUUCUAUGGUCAAGGUAUGAUCGAUGUGGAAACGUAUUUACCAAAUGUUAGUGGACUAGUGGAUUAUACAAUAUGUACGGAAGCCAAUUCAGACAUAUUUUUGUCUGAAUUCUUGAAUAAAAUUAGUUCAGAAAAACUUUAUUCAUGUGAACGACAAUAUAACCAACGAUUUGAUAUCAAAUUACAACAAUGUGAAGUUAGCUCCAUAUUCGAAUCGGAUCCAAUAUCUUCUCCAACUCCAUCACAUCAUGCUACACCAAUCUAUAUGAAUACGAGUAUACGUAAUAAAAUUCCACAUGACAUUUUUGUAUAUCCUAUUUUAACUUCUACACCUGCUCAACAACAACAACAACAACAGCAACAGCAACAACCUAUUCAUGGGCGACAAAGUCCAUCAUUUGAUAUUCAUUCAAAUCUAACCGAUUGGCUUAGUAAUGGUUCACAUAGUGUAAAUGAUCCUCGUCCAGAUAGUGCUACAUCAUCAGUCUUAUCUCGAGAUAGUGGUGUUGCGCGAUCUGAUCCAAAAUCUUCACGUGAUUUUAGUGCAAAAUCUGAAUCAAGUUCUAAAGCAUCCCUUCAUAAUAAUAAUAAUAAUAGUAAUCAUUUUAUGUCUAAUAAUUAUCCAUCAACAUUAGUACGUAAUGGAUUACCAUCAUUAUCAUCAUCAAAUACAAUACAACGUUUAUUACAACAACAACAACAACAACAACAAAUAUCAUCAAAUUUUGAUACAAAUAUUGAACAAAUACGUGAAAAACUUCAACCAUUAAAUACUCAACGAUUAAAAACACUUCGUCAAGCAACAAAAUCAUUUAUUAUGAGUAUUAUGGAAAAUGGUGAAGUUGUACUUGAAACAAUGAGAACAAAAGGUACAAAACGACGUAUUGUUGAUGUAUUUCGUGUAUCAAGUGAUGGUUUACGUAUAAUAACAUAUACACCAAAUAGUCGUCAUGGUUCACCUAUUGGUGAUCAUCCACCACCAAUACCACGUGAUAAGAAUGCUUAUCAAGAAUAUGAAUUUGAUAAAUUACCGUCAGAAUAUUGGAAAAAAUAUCAAUAUGCACAUAAAUUUGUCACAUUAGUUCGUUCACGUAUGGCAAAAAUAAUUCUUUAUACACCCGAAGCAAAAUGUUCAUUAAUGGAAACUGGUGUUGAUUUUGAAGUUGUUUUUAUAUGUGGUGUUAAGAUUUCAAUAUAUCGAGAAAAUUUUAAAUAUGAUGAUCCAUUAAAAAUAAAAAUUAUUAAUAAUAAUGAUAAAUCUGAAUCAUCAUUAGAUUUUGAUCGUAUUGCAACACGAAAUAUAUCUGCUGUUGAACAUUUUAGUCCUGAAAUACGUCAAAUGCUUGAUAAUGCAAUUACAUUUUAUUCAUUUUGUUUAUCAAAAGAUCAAAUACUUGAAGAAAAUCAACGACAAUUUCCUUCCAUUCAAGCUUUUCCAGUUCAAUUCGGAAAAAAACAUGCUCAACAAUCGGAUACUAAUAGACCAGGUUCUGCUUGUUCAAUUGGUCGUUCUCUUUCUCAACAAUUUGGUGGUUCAUCAUCAACCGUCAAUGAACUAUGUAUCGCACCUUCAACAUCCGUUGGUACACCGUUAUCAAUGACAUCUACUCGACGUAUAUUUGCAUCUGAUACUGAUGUUCGAGGAGUGAGAAAUUCAUCAUCUGCAACUCCAAUGUGUUCAAAUGCAAGUAUAGCUAAUACUAAUGUUCAUCAUUCAACAUCAUCAUCAACAUUACGUACAGCUGGUUAUCAUCAUCAAGUAACUUAUACACCACAAGCAUCGAUAUCUCGUCCACUUUCUAUUCAUCCUCAACAAAUAUCUUCACCAUUAUAUGCACCAGAAAAUUUAUCUUCAUCAUCUCUAUCGAAUCGUCAAACAACAACGAAUAUGAAUCAUAAUUAUACGUCUUCAACAUCAUUAAAUUCUACAGCAAGUGGUGGAACAAUAACAACAACCACUAAUCCGGGUUUAGUUCCAACGAAUUCAUUAUCGAUUAAAUCUAUUGAUCCAUUAUUAAAAGGAACUUAUCGUGUUACAUUUAGUGAUAACAGUACGAUGAUACUUCGAGCCGAUUGUACGGAUGGUCAAAUGUUUAUUGAUACACAAGGUAAACGUUAUUUAUUUGAUCGAAGACAACAACAUCAACCAGAAGCAAUUCAAGAGCGCUUAGCACUCAUGCAUCAAGAUCAUCCAACAGAUGUUGAAUAUAAUACAUCUCAACAACAACAACAACAACAACAACAACAACAACAAUGA